AUGGAGUAUUUUCGUUACUAUCGUAGUUGGAUGUACGAUAGAACGUUACCAGGCAGACGUGGACUUACACCAAAUUUUGAGGAAGGAGUUAAUGGGUUUAUCACGUGGGCAUUUGCACAAGAAUGUUGUCGACGUGAAGGAGGAGUGAGAUGUCCUUGUCUUAAAUGUGAAUGUAGAUCUAUAAUUAGUGACCCAGAGGAAGUAGAACGCCAUUUGAAGAGGAAGGGUUUCAUUAAAAAUUAUUGGGUUUGGACAUAUAAUGGAGAACAACUGCCGAGUAACGUAUAUUCAAAGACAACUAAUACACACGCAUCAAACAGUCGAUCACAUAUGGAAUCUGAUGAACAAUUUAAUCUGAUCGAUAAAAUGGUUGGAAAUGCAUUUGGAGUAAAUGUGACAUAUGAUGAACCCCAGGAUUUUGAUGGGGAAGAGUUUUCGAAUGAGGAAGCUCAAAGAUUUUAUCAAUUGUUGAAAGAAAUGAAUACACCGUUGUUUGAGGGGUCAUCAGAUUCAAAAUUAUCAAUGUGUGUGAGAUUAUUGGCCGCAAAGUCAAAUUGGAAUGUUCCUGAUCAGUGUUUGGAAUACUUUGCAAAAAUGAUGUUGGAUGCGACUCCUACGAAAGACAACUUGCCUACAAGCUAUUAUGAUGCAAAGAGGUUGGUGUCGAAGUUGGGUUUAAAAGUACGAAAGAUUGAUUGUUGCAUAAAUGGAUGUAUGUUGUUUUAUGACAAUGAGUUUGGUAUUAAUGAUGAGGCGCUGGAGGAAUGUAAGUUCUGUAAGAGUCCGAGAUAUAAAGUUCGUAGUAAAGCCAUUAACCGUAAACAAAAACGUGUAGCAGUGAAGUCCAUGUUUUAUUUGCCGAUAAUACCAAGGUUAAAAAGAUUAUUUGCUUCAAUGCAUAGUGAAAGUCAAAUGACAUGGCAUCAUACAAACAAAACAUGUUCAGGAAUUAUGCGACAUCCAUCUGACGGUGAGGCAUGGAAACAUUUUGAUAGGGUACAUUCUGAUUUUGCUGCAGAACCUAGAAAUGUCAGGCUCGGACUGUGCUCUGAUGGUUUUACUCCAUACGUCCAAGCAUCUACAAUUGCAUAUUCCUGUUGGCCAGUUAUCGUAACCCCUUACAACCUCCCUCCUGAGAUGUGCAUGACAAAACCAUACAUGUUUUUUACUUGCCUCAUUCCAGGACCGUCAAGUCCUAAAUCCGGAAUCGACGUUUAUUUGCAACCUUUAAUAGAUGAUUUGAAGAGGUUGUGGAUUGGAGAAUGGACCUAUGAUAUAUCUCGCAAACAAAAUUUUACUUUGCGAGCUGCCUUGAUGUGGACUAUUAAUGGCUUUCCCGCUUAUGGAAUGUUAUCUGGUUGGGGCACGCAUGGCAAAAUGGGAUGUCCACAUUGCAUGGAAUUUACAAAGGCUUUUACUUUGGAAUUUGGAGGGAAAAGUUCGUGGUUUGACUCUCACCGCAGAUUCCUACCACGAGACCAUGUAUUUAGAAGAAACAAGACUGAUUUCAAAAAAGAUGUACGAGUAAAAGAUUUGCCUCCUCCGCGAUUGUCACCAGAGGAAAUAUGGAAUCGAGUUUCUAAACUGCCAAAAUUUACAGAUUACGGUGAAGCAUGCAGAAUUGAAGGAUAUGGGGUCAAACACAAUUGGACAAAAAGAAGUAUAUUUUGGGACCUCCCAUAUUGGAAAGAUAAUUUAUUGCGACAUAAUCUUGAUGUUAUGCAUAUUGAAAAGAAUUUCUUCGAUAAUAUAUUUAACACAGUGAUGGAUGUUCAAGGCAAAACAAAGGAUAAUGAGAAGGCUAGAAGGGACAUGGAAAUUUUGUGUGAUAGAAAAGAGUUGGAGUUGAAGCCUCGGCCUAAUGGAAAAUUAUUAAAACCUAAGGCAUGUUACAGUCUAACUUCCCAAGAUGCUAAAGCGGUUUGUCGAUGGUUAAAUGAAUUGAGAAUGCCGGAUGGUUAUGCUUCAAAUUUAGCAAGGUGUGUUGACACCAAAACUGGGAAGUUACAUGGAAUGAAAAGUCAUGAUUGUCAUGUUUUCAUGGGACGAUUGCUUCCAAUUGCGUUCAGUUCACUAUCCAACCAUGUGCUAUUUCCGCUAACUGAAAUAAGUCAAUUUUUCAGAGACAUUUGUGUGUCAACUUUAAGAAGCGAUAGCAUCAUUAAGUUGGACAAAAAUAUUCCAGUUAUUCUAUGCAAGUUGGAACGCGUUUUUCCACCUGGUUUUUUCGAUUCUAUGGAGCAUCUACCUGUGCAUCUUGCAUAUGAAGCCUAUCUUGGUGGCCCCGUUCAAUACAGGUGGAUGUAUCCCUUUGAAAGAUUCAUAGGUGAUUCAAAGAGAUCAGUGAAAAAUAAAGCUAAAGUUGAAGGAUCAAUAUGUGCACAUUAUUUGCAUCGGGAAACAUCACAUUUUUGCAGUCAUUAUUUCAAUCAUUUGAUAUUAACUCCAAGAAUCGUAAGGAAUGAAUUUGAUGUUAACAAAAGAAGUCAGUUUACCUUGUCAAUCUUCGGUCUUCCCGGUCGCCCCUCUGGAAAGGAGAAUGUGCAUUGGCUGACCCAAAAAGAAUUGCAAUCUGCACAGGUUCAUGUUCUUAUUAACUGUAUUGAAGUUAGGCCAUAUCUUGAGUAA